GCGAUUCGCAGGAAAAUGGAGAACGAUCUCUCCAAGAAGAAGACUCUCACGGGCCGGUCACGACAGAUUCGCAGGGCCCCUCCCGGGACUGUGCUUGCCCUCAAGCCGAGCCAGGCCCUCCAGAUCAAGCCGGCCACCACCGUUUCCGAGGCCGCUCAGCUGAUGGCUGCGAAGAGGGAGGACUGCGUGCUGGUCACCGACGACGAGGACCGCAUUGCCGGCAUCUUCACGGCCAAGGAUCUCGCCUUCCGCGUGGUUGGCGCCGGGCUCAAGGCCGCCAACGUCACCAUCGCCGAGAUCAUGACCAAGAACCCCCUCUGUGCCCGGACCGACACCAGCGCGACGGAUGCGCUGGACCUGAUGGUCCGCAAGGGCUUCCGCCACCUGCCCGUCAUGGACGAGAACCAGGACAUCUCGGGUGUGCUGGACAUUACAAAGUGCUUCUACGACGCCAUGGAGAAGCUGGAGCGCGCAUACUCGUCCUCGCGGAAGCUGUACGACGCCCUCGAGGGCGUGCAGUCGGAGCUGGGCGCCAGCCAGCCGCAGCAGAUUAUCCAGUACGUCGAGGCUCUCCGGUCCAAAAUGUCGGGGCCCACCCUCGAGUCUGUCUUGAACGGCAUCCCACCGACGACGGUCAGCGUCCGGACCUCGGUCAAGGAGGCUGCGGCCAUGAUGAAGGAGAACCACACCACGGCGGUGCUGGUGCAGGACCAGGGCGCCAUUACGGGCAUUUUUACCAGCAAGGACGUCGUUCUCCGUGUCAUUGCUCCAGGCCUCGACCCGGCCAAUUGCAGCGUCGUGCGUGUCAUGACCCCUCACCCCGAUUUUGCCCCAAUGGACAUGACCAUUCAGGCCGCCCUGCGAAAGAUGCAUGAUGGCCAUUAUCUCAACCUUCCCGUCAUGAACGACGGCGGCGAGAUUGUGGGCAUGGUGGACGUGCUCAAGCUGACUUAUGCCACGCUGGAGCAAAUCAACACCAUGUCGAGCGACAACGGUGAGGGUCCGGCGUGGAACAAGUUCUGGCUCUCCAUCGACCACGAGACGGAGUCGAUGCUGUCUGGCGACGGCAGCCACAGCCACCACCACCACCAUCUCGGGUCUCGUAUGAUGUCGCCCGAGGCGAACCGUCUUGGAGACAGCGUCGCGCCCAACGAUUCCGCAUCCCAUAUAGGAAUGGACUCGCCCCCUCGGUCCGUUGCUCCCGACGUGACGACUGCCGAUGUUCCGUUCGCCUUCAAGUUCAAAGCGCCUUCGGGACGUGUGCACCGGCUACAAGUGGUUGCCUCGCAGGGCAUCGAGGCGUUUGUGCAUGCCGUCGCAUCCAAGCUGGGACACGAGGUGGAGAGCAUCGGAGGCAUGCCGGAGGUUUACGAGGGCAGGAUUGAAGGCGGUGGCUUUGCCCUCAGCUACAUGGACAACGAGGGUGACACCGUGUCCAUCACCACGGACAACGAUCUCCUCGAGGCCAUCCUCCUGGCCCGCCAGGCGCAUCUCGAAAAGGUCGACCUCUUCGUUCACGACUCGGAGAAGCCACCCACCACGCCGUCAGUGGACGCCCUACCCACUCCCGCUUCGUCAUCUACCGGUCUUCGCGAGCGACGGAGGACCACCUAUGAGGAGGAAGAGUCCGAGAGCGAAGAAGAGGAAUCUGAGGAGGAGGAGGAGCGGCCUGCGCGCCGGACGCGGAGGUCGAGGACGGUUGUCCACCAGGAACAGCUCAUUGCCGGCGUGCCCAACGACCUGCUGCUGCCCGGAGCCAUUGUCACCCUUGCGGUGGUUAUUAUUGGUGUUUUUACUAUUGCCAGAGCGACUAGCCGGUAA